AUGGCAAAUGCAAACUACACUGUGAAAAAUGUGGACAGCUUUAUAAUCACUGGAUUUGAUCACCUGCAAAACCAAAAACUUCUUGGAUUCCUCAUCUUAUUAACCUACUUGCUCAUACUGCUUGGAAACAACAUAAAUCUUUGCAUAAUUUUGACUGCCAGACAUUUACACAGACCAAUGUACAUAUUAAUCUGUAACCUUGCUGUUGUUGACAUUAUGUACUCCACUACCUGCAGUACAACCAUGAUUUCAGUGCUGCUGAUUGAAAUUAAAACUGUUUCAUAUUACUCUUGUAUAUCAAGGGCUUUCUUCUAUCAUCUUGGUGAUUUUACAGAAUGUAUGGCUUUGACAUUGAUGGCAUUGGACAGAUUUAUUGCGAUUAGGUUCCCAUUAAGGUACCACAGCAUUGUAACAAAUUCACGAGUAAUUCUGCUUAUUUUAUUAACCUGGCUUGCUGGAUUCGGUGUUAUAGGUGUUUUAAUGUCUGUGGUAGAUAGUCUCCCAUACUGCCAACCUGUCAUCAGAUAUGUGUUUUGUGAGCAACCUGCCAUGGUCAGAGCUGCCUGUGUUGAUCCUGAACCCUAUUUUUUCUUGCCUGCAAUGUUAAGUUUGUGGGUAAUGUUUGGACAGCUCCCCUUUGUUUUGUGCACCUACGCUGUGGUGGCAUACAGUGUGACCAAACUUUCCAGCACCUCAAGCAAAAAGCAAAUGAUCAACACAUGCUUAAGUCACCUUAUAGUCUUAUUUAGUUAUUAUGGUCCAAAAAUGGUGUCUAAUUUACUAACUCGGAUAGGAGUUGUGCUAAAUUUAACAGAGCGAAAUGCAUUAUUGAUUGUUUCCUCUCUGAUUCCACCUCUAGUAAACCCCACAGUUUACUCCAUCAGGACUAAAGAAAUCAGAAAACGACUAGCAGAUGUGUUUUGGGGUAAAAAAGUUGCCCCAAUUCGUCUUAAGGCAGGUUCAUUAGGUUUGUCAUAA